GUCGGCGGCGCGGAGGCAGCAGGCGGUGUCCGAGUGGGGGCCUUUGCCCCGCCAGGAUGUUACCGGGCUUGGCCAACGCCGCUGCGGCCCACAGAUGUAGCUGGUCUUCCCUGUGCCGGCUCCGUCUGCGCUGCAGGGCGGCGGCCCGCGGCACCAGCGACCUCCAGGAAUGGCAGAAUUUAUUGAUAUUUGGAAGCUUUUCAAACAGCGUUCCAUGCUGUACACUGAAUCAAGUGAAGUUGUAUUCCACGAACGCUCAGAAAGAAGGACAGGGGUCACAGACUCAGAAAGCGGAGAAAGUGCCUUCGUUUGAUGACGCAGCAGAAAAUAUGGGUGCAGAACUGAAAGCUCCAAUUAUUAAGCAAGAACCUCUCCAAGUAAGAGUCAAAGCAGUUCUUAAAAAGAGGGAAUAUGGACCAAAGUAUACUCAGAAUAAUUUCAUCACUGGAGUCAGAGCAAUGAAUGAGUUCUGCCUCAAAUCCAGUGAUCUGGAACAACUACGAAAAAUCAGACAACGAAGUCCUCAUGAAGAUACCGAGUCCUUUACUGUAUACUUGAGAUCAGAUGUGGAGGCAAAAUCUUUGGAAGUUUGGGGAAGCCCUGAAGCUCUUGCCAGAGAGAAAAAACUUCGUAAGGAAGCAGAAAUUGAAUAUAGAGAAAGGCUAUUUAGAAACCAAAAUAUACUGAGAGAAUAUAGAGACUUUCUGGGAAAUACUAAGCCACGUUCUAGAACGGCAUCAAUUUUUUUAAAGGGGCCAAGCAAAGUGGUGAUGGUUGCCAUUUGCAUCAAUGGAUUAAACUGCUUCUUCAAAUUUCUUGCUUGGAUUUAUACGGGUUCAGCAAGCAUGUUUUCAGAAGCGAUACACUCUUUAUCUGAUACUUGUAACCAGGCCUUACUUGCAUUGGGCAUCAGUAAGUCUGUUCAGACACCAGAUCCUACUCAUCCGUAUGGAUUUUCAAAUAUGCGCUAUAUUGCUUCACUAAUUAGUGGUGUUGGUAUUUUCAUGAUGGGUGCAGGAUUAUCUUGGUACCAUGGAAUCAUGGGAUUGCUCAAUCCUCAACCAAUAGAAUCUCUUCUAUGGGCAUACUGUAUUUUAGCGGGAUCAUUAGUAUCUGAAGGAGCAACACUUCUUGUUGCUGUAAAUGAGCUUCGUAGGAGUGCUCGGGCCAAAGGAACGUCAUUUUACAAGUAUGUAAUGGAAAGUCGUGAUCCUAGUACCAAUGUUAUAUUACUGGAGGAUACUGCGGCAGUGUUGGGAGUGACAAUAGCAGCCACUUGUAUGGGCCUUACCUCCAUAACAGGCAACCCAGUGUAUGACAGCCUAGGCUCUUUGGGUGUGGGCACCCUGCUGGGCGUGGUCUCAGCGUUCCUCAUCUACACCAACACAGAGGCGCUCUUGGGGCGAUCCAUCCAGCCAGAACAAGUGCAGCGGCUUACUGAACUCCUGGAGAACGAUCCGUCAGUAAGGGCGAUUCAUGAUGUUAAAGCCACAGACCUGGGCUUAGGGAAAGUGAGAUUUAAGGCAGAAGUAGAUUUUGACGGGCGAGUUGUUACGAGAUCAUAUUUGGAAAAACAAGAUUUUGACCAAAUGCUACAAGAAAUUCAAGAAGUGAAGACUCCUGAAGAUCUAGAGACCUUUAUGCUUAAACAUGGAGAAAAUAUUGUUGAUACUUAAGGAGCUGAAGUAGACAGACUUGAGAAGGAACUGAAAAAACGAAAUCCUGAAGUUCGACAUGUAGAUUUAGAGAUAUUGUAGACUUGAUGGGAUGAAUCACCUUGGAGGGAUCCUUGGAACCAAGUUUACGAAGACUACUUUCCCACACUGAGGGAGUCAAUGCCAUUCAGAAGCCGUUUAUUUGAAGAUGGAGGAAGUAUUUAUAUGAAAAGGGCAAUGCAACAGUCCAUAGAACUAAAAUAGCUUCUUCUAAGAGACAUAUUACAAGUUGAAUCAAUUUGGAAAUCAUGUUUUUAUGUUUCAGUGGGAAACGUUUUAGUUACUUAAAUUGUCAUAAUUUCUUAUUUUAGCCUGUCAGUGUGUAUUGUACCCACAAUCAUGUUCCUUCCUUCAUGUGGGUAAAAAUAAGCAGCGUCCAUAAGGUUAUGAUUCUUUAUUUUGUUGCCAGUUAAGAUUUCACUCCAUCAAAACCUGUCAAUCUUGAACAUUCUGGCUAAAUCUUGUAUUCUGGUUUUUGAAACAGUCACUCCAUUUUCAGAGUCUGUCUUUGCUUAUAGAAUGUAGAAAUUAUUUCGACAUGGCUUGUAUUUUUGCCCUGAGCACUACAGGGAACACUGUGCUAAUAACUUGGUUAUCUAUAAAUGUCCAUUCCAGUAGGACUUUGUUCCUCAAUUGAAGGAAGAUAACUUCAGUACACUCUUUUAGGUCAUGCUAGUUGCUGUUGUGUAAAAUUUCUUUUCUCUCCUUUGUUUUUUUUUUCUUAUUUAGUUUAAUUUUUCUAAUGGUAGGAAAUAUAAAAUAACCCUAGAGGUUUCCAUGGGCCAGUGUGAUGACUGGUUUUUAGUUUUUGUUUUUUUAACUGGCUCCAAUGCUGCCAUGUGUAUUUACUAGGAGAUAAUGCAUUUAUAAGCAUUUUAACAUUCUGUAAAGUGGACUAGAAAUAUUUAUGAUUUUACAGACACCACAGCAUUUUAUUUUUAAUUUAUUUUAAAAGAGGCACUACUUAUGUAAAUC